AUGAGCACUCAAGUACAACAACAACAUCAGGGUAAAUCCCACGAAACUCCCUCCACCUCUCAACAACCAAGCAGUGGCCAUCCCCAAGAACAAACCACUGGCGUUCAAACAUCCCCAACCUCGUUACGCAAGGGUGAUGAUUUUGAAAAGGGUGGAGACAACAAAUUACAACAACAAUCAUCUGACAUUCAACAACAAAGGGGUGAAGAGCAACCAUCAUCAGUUUCUGAUACUUCACAACAACAAGGUGAACAACAACCAUCGUCUGUUCAAUCGGGUGAAGAACAACAAUUUGGUACUCAACCAUCUUCAACUGAUCCAUCACAACAACAACAAACUGGCCAACCAGAGUUACAACAACGAGAACAAGAACAACAACGUUCACCACAAGAACUCCGCAAGGACAAGGAAGGAGUUAUUCUUACUCCACCACAAGGUUCCAGAUUCUCCAUGAAUGUUAACAACCAACUCAACGUUAGAUUCAUCAGUGCCAAGAAUCUUGUCGCUCCGUCGUCCUCCUCAUCAUCGUCGUCCUCCUCCUCGUCAGAACCACAGGUCAACCCAUUUGUCAAGGCCAAGUUCUCUUCGAGAAUCAAAUCCUACCAAACCGACGUCUGCCACAAGUCUUUGACUCCACAAUGGAACCAAUCCAUGAUCAUGGACAUUAGCAAUGCUCAGUCUGACAUUAUCAUCUUUGAGGUGUGGGACAAGGACAGAGUCGGUAGUGACCAACUCAUUGGUUUUGUUCCAGUCGAUCCAUCACUCUUACCAAAGGGUAGCGAAGUUACCACUUGGGAAAAACUAUCCUAUGUACCACAUGGUGAUCUUAAUAUUGCUUUGAUGGCAAUUAGUUUUGGAUUGGAUUCUACUCCACAAGAUUAUCCAAACCAAUACGAGGAAUGGAGACAACGUAUUCCACCAGUCCAACCAAAUGGAUCGGACAAGCACAAGGGCAAGGACAAAGGUAAAAAGGACAAGGAGAGAGAGAUGGAGGAAAAAGAUAAGGAAAGAGAAAUGGAGGACAGAGAAGGACAAGGAGAAAGGGAUGACAAGAAACCAAAGACUGAACAACAGGAUUUGGAGAGAACCCAAGGUCCAUAUGUCGGUAAAACUGUUCCACAUGGUUACAUGAUUAGCAAUGGUUGGGUCAAGAAGAAACCAACAAUGUCUGAAACCGCCUCACAAAAGAUUGGAAGUGGAUUUGCAUCAUUAAAAAAGGCUGUAGGUCAACUAUAG